AUGGCAAGUCUUGAAUCUUCUCAAGAUGGUUUGCCCAGUCCGCAUACGGCCUAUACGCCUCGAGCCCAUGGGUUCAAUCCCUUUGCACUAGAGUGCCUACGAGACAUUAAACUGGAAGAUGGGGUGCUUCGGCUCGCCAUUCGAGAACCUUUCAUCCUUUCACUCCGCUUCGCACAGAGCAUGAUUGGGGAGGAAUACGGAAGACUAUCGGCAUGGGAAGAAGAUCCUAGAUCUUUAGGAAGACGAAAAGAAACCACGCCUUGCGAGUAUGUGGACUUUUCCCAGCGACACUUGGAACCUCUUCUUCUACGUUUCGCAUCACAUAACGGCUUCAAUGUUCGCUUUUCAACCGAGAUUCUCAAAGUUGAUAAUAUUUCGAGUGACACCACCGAGUCCGCUUAUAUGUGCACACUCUACGACGAUAUCCUGAAGCAAGAAUUCAAAAUCCGCACAAAAUACCUUUUCGGAGCAGAUGGGGCACGCAGCGAGAUAGCGCGCCAAUUCAACUUUAACUUCCUGACCCAAAGCCCAGGCCCGAAAGCGUGCAACGUCUUGUUUCGUGCAGAUCUUGCAACGCACUUGACCCCAGGGCGUCUCGGGGGAAUACACUGGAUCAUACAACCCGACCGUGCCCUCUUCCCCGGCGUCGUUGCACAUUUGCGAGUUGUUCGGCCUUGCAACGAGUGGGUGCUGGUAGCGUUUGGUGCACAGGGCACCAAUCCCUUUGAGGGCCUGACCACUCAGAGUCAUGAGCUUGUAGACUUGAUCCGAGAGCUUGUUGGAGUUGAUUCGCUUGAUGUUGAGAUCUUGACGCUUGACGCUUGGACCGUGCGUGAGUCUGUCGCGGAGACAUACUCGAAAGACGAUCAGACCUUGUUUCUGCUGGGUGAUGCGGCACACAGACAUCCUCCGAAUUUCGGUCUUGGUAGCAACACGUGCAUCCAAGACGCGUAUAACCUCGCGUGGAAGGUGGCUUAUGUGUCAAAAGGCUGGGCUGGUCCAGAACGCAGAGCUCUUCCGUGUAUUUGGGAUGAUGGCCCCGGCAUGAAGCAAAUAGAUCAACUAUCGCAUGCGACGCCGGAGGGCUCAGUGCGACGGGCCGAUCUGCACGCGGCCUUGGAAGAAAAGAAACAAGAGUUUGAGAGCCUUGGCUUGGCCCACAAUCAUUUCUAUGUAUCCAAGGCUGUGUUCCUGGAUGAUGAGCCUGGCCCAAGACCAGAACUGCAAGGUGACCCAGUUGUGGAGGUUCAGAUCAGCACCUAUCCCGGUAGCAGAUUGCCCCACGCGUGGAUUGACAAGCCAAACCACCUGGGCAUGAUAUCAACUCUGGACCUGGCUGGAAAAGGGUCCUUCUGUCUAUUGGUUGGUGUGGACGGCAGUGCUUGGAGAAGCGCAGCUGAGGCUAUCAAGAAAGCCACCGGCAUCCCUAUCAGUGCCGUUGGCAUCGGCCAAGGUCAGGAAUAUAUCGACAUUUAUAGGCGUUGGUAUGAGAAGAGGGGUGUCAGCGAUAGUAGAUCCUGCAUGAAGAUUGGUAGCAUCCCUGUUAUAUCGCCUGUACUAUGCCCCAUAACGGCAUUUCCUUCUCAGAACUCCGACGCAACGUUUACCGUUUUCUUCAAUCCACUUUCGCGGCUACCAGGUCCAUGGAUAUCCCGCUGGACAGACGUUAUCCCGAAGUAUCACUGGCUAAAGGGCACACGAGCGCAAUACGUCCAAUACCUUCAUCAGCAAUAUGGCCCCGUUGUGCGAGUAGGCCCUCACGAGGUUGACAUUUCCGACAUGGAAGCAGUCAAGGAGAUUCAUCGCGUCAAAGAUGGCUACAGAAAAGCCCCCUUUUACCAGAAUCUUGUUCCCAAUACCAACAACCUCUUCAAUACUCUCGAUGUGGAGUUCCACCGCCACCAUCGACGUCUGCUGUCAUCACCUCUCUCCGAAUCAUCGCUCAAAUCUGUGGAGCCAACAGUUGACGCAUAUGUCAAGGUGGCAAUUGCUAGUAUGAAGCGUGAAAUGGAUCAACGCGGGGCAGCGGAUGUAGCCAAGUUUUGGUUGUUCAUGGCCACAGAUAUAAUCGUCGAACUUAGCUUUGGGGAGUCAUUCGGCAUAUUGAAACAUGGAAAAAAGAACCAUUAUAUCGUAGACCUAGAAGGUCUAGCAGCCAAGGGUUCCAUUCGAUCGACAUUUCCAACCCUUAUAUCCAUCGCGACCAAGUUCCCCCUUCCCAUCUUCAAAGAAACUGUUGCUGCUGCACAGCGCAUCACGCACUACUCCGCUGAGGCUGUCGCACGCUACAAAAGAGAUCUCGCAAAUAAUCCUGCUGCAGCCAAUCCUAUGUUGUUCAGAAAGCUCUUUGAAGCUGGUGAAGAUGGCCUCUCCGAUGAUGAGAUACGCGCCGAGGCGCAGGCAUACAUCGUCGCUGGUUCUGAUACUACCGCGACGACGUUGAUGUACCUCAUAUACUCCGUGUGCAGUCAUGCCGAUGUUCGGCAGAAGCUGGUCAAAGAGCUUAUGGGACUGCCCGAUGAUUUUGGUCACAGUGACCUGCGUGAGCUUCCUCACUUGAACAACAUCAUUGACGAGACACUUCGACUGUAUGCAGCAGUCCCUUCAGCUCUUCCUCGUGUCGUACCCACUGGAGGUGCUCACCUAGCAGGCUGCGGCGAGAUUCUUCCGGGCUUUUCCAAAUGCGACGGUAUUUUCUAUCGAGGGCAUGUCGGGAGAGGAUAUGGAGCUGCGAGCGUACUUUCUUUUAACGCCAGAAGGAGGGCGAUGCCUGAUUCAGCUGGAAUAGAAGACAAAGCACCUUCAAUUGCCCAGUUUGUGUAG